AUGUAAAUUGUCAUUCGCCAUAUUUAUUGAUGAUAACUAAACGUAAAACGUCAACGUUAGAAAAUAUAUAAAACAAAUAAUAAAUCGAAUGUUAGGUGAUGUUUUUGUAUGAUCAGCGUGUAUAUAAACGUUUGUCUCUAGAAUAGGUGAUAAAAUGAACCGUAGUGAAGGUCUCGUGCAACGAAAAAACGUUCUAAGAGAAAGUAAUAAUGAUGGUUCCUCUAAAGAUUUACAAGGCUCAGAUAAAAAAGAUGAGCGCGAUGAGGAAGUUGAUGACGGAGAUUCGAAGGAAACGCGAUUGACACUAAUGGAGGAGGUUCUGCUGCUCGGCCUUAAAGAUAAAGAGGGCUACACCUCCUUCUGGAACGAUUGUAUAUCGAGCGGGCUUAGGGGAUGUAUUUUAAUUGAAUUAGGUUUACGUGGACGAGUCGAAUUGGAACGAGCCGGCAUGAGGCGAAAAGGACUUUUAUCACGUAAACUCGUGCUAAAGAAUGACAACCCCACCGGUGACGUUCUAUUAGAUGAAGCACUAAAGCAUUUAAAAGAAACCAAUCCUCCUGAAACAGUCCAAAGUUGGAUUGAAUACCUGAGUGGAGAAACUUGGAAUCCUUUGAAACUGCGAUACCAAUUGAAAAACGUAAGGGAACGCCUCGCAAAGAAUCUUGUAGAAAAAGGUGUUCUUACCACUGAAAAGCAAAAUUUUCUUCUGUUCGAUAUGACCACCCAUCCAUUAACAGAUAACGUUACAAAGUGCAGACUAGUGAAAAAGAUACAAGAUGCUGUUCUGAGUAAGUGGAUGAACGACCCACAACGGAUGGAUAAAAGGAUGUUGGCGUUGAUAUUUUUAGCCCACGCGAGUGACGUUUUAGAAAACGCUUUUGCACCAUUAAAUGAUGAUGAUUAUGAAUUAGCGAUGCGAAGAGUUAGGGAAUUGCUCGAUUUAGAUUUUGAACAAGAAUCGGUUAAACCGAAUACCACCGAAGUUUUAUGGGCUGUAUUUACCGCCUUCACUAAGUAAUAUUUGAUAUUUGGGAUUUAGUCUUUUAUAGGCAUGUCUAGCAUUUCCAAAACUGGCCUUAGUUUGGAAAAUGUUGUGUUAGAGCGUUAUUAUCCUUGUUAAUUGAAACACAAUUACCGACAUCACGAUCAUGUCUAUGCUGAAGACUGUUUCCCUAUUAGGUAGAGUGUUCGGUGCAGUAAUUUUUUCCACUUGUUUACCCAAUAAAA